CUGAUUCUAUAUGCUACGAAUUUGAUGAAUAUUAUUUAAAUAUUAGUAAUACUACUAAAAUUGCAACUAUAUUAGAUCCUUAUAUUAAGUACUCAGUUUUUGCAAUUGGAGAUAAAACUAAUAAUGCUAUAUUUUUAUUAAAUAGUAAAAUAGUUUAUUAUUCAACUACUGCUACAUUGGUUUCACCAAACUUAACAGAACUAUCGCCAGAAAUUUUAUUAACCAUGGCAUAUAACUUUCUUGCAAUUCAGACAUCUAGUAUACUACUUGAAGAAAUAUUUUCAAUUGCUGAGUUUACUAUUUCAAAGCAUGAAGGAAAAACCUUCAAACUCAAAGACAUUAGCGAUGAAGAAAGAAGUACCAAACUUGAUGACAAAGAAAAAAGCACCAACUCGACAUCAUUAACAAUUCUGAAUAACGAAAUUGAUAAAAGAAGAACCUCUGAAUUCAAAAACAUCAGCAAUAAAGAAGGAAGCACCGAAUUUGACAAUGAUGAAGAAAAAAGCACUGAACUUGACAACACCAAUGACAAAAGAAAAGAUAGAAGUACCAAACGACGAAUGAAAAACCUCCAAACUCAAAGCACUAGCAACAAAGAAAAAAGCAUCAAAUUUGAUAACAAUGAAGAAAAAAGUACCGAACUUGAUGACACCAAUGACGAAAAAAAAGAUAGAAGUACUAAACGACAAAAUGAAA